CGAGAAUAAUGUAAGUUACAUUCAUUCAUCAUUUCUAUUGAAACGUAAAUUAAUUUUAACAGGUGGUGAAAUUAUCAAAAGCAUUUUAUCACGCCUUCUAUUAUUGCACCAACAGAUGACAUGUUGUUAUGUCAUCAUUGCCCCAUUUCAUGUAUAUAACUUUGAUCAGAUACCUGAGGUGUUCUUUACUAACUAUGCUUGGCUACAAGCAGCUGUCAAUCAUUUUCAGUCCAGUGUAGUCGACUUCAAGUUAUCUGUUCUAUGUUGUUAUGAAAUGGAAUGUUUUGCGAAAACUCUUGAAAACAUGUGUAAGAAAGCCAAGUUAUCAAGUUUUGUUGAUGAACAAAGUGAUUUAAGUGACAGGUCUUGGUUACAUUCAACUGCUAAUGAAAGUGAAUUAUUUCUAAUAAACAUCCCAGCUGUCAAUGCAUUCAAUGCACAACUCAUGCUCAAGUAUUUCAAUGUACAGCAGAUAUGUAACAUGAAUAUGGAAGAAUUGUCCAACAACUUUUCUUGGAUUCCUAACAGAUUAUUAAAAGAUAUCUGGAUGAGUUUGAAUUCCAAGCUCCCUUCAUCCAUGACCACGCAAUGUGAGGAAGUGAUGAAUCUCACUCAAUAUAAACCAGGUAUUGUUGGGAAUAUUGGAAUGUGUCGAAUAAAGAAACCAAUAAUUGAUAGAUCUAACUAUGAUGACGUUUCAAAUGUAAUGGAGCAAGCAAAAAUAAAGUUAAACCAAUAUGUAAACAGCAGUCAUUCAAGUGAUGAGAAAGAAACGUAUUACAAUGAGUAUUUCAACCAAACACAAGAUAUUUCUCACAAGCCACCAGUUACUUUUGGAAAACGGGGUUUUUCUGCCAAUGUUGAGACAAAUGGAAACUGCUCACAAUAUUUACAAAAUCUGGUUGUUCCACCUGUAAACUAUGACAGAGGUAUAAAUGCUACUCCUAGUUCAGGUUCAAGUGGAAGUUUACAUGUUGGAAUUGCCAGACCAUUUCAACAGGCACAUAAUUUAUUGAAGCAUGAUAUUCAAGAAGUAGACAACUGUAAGAGGUUUUCACAAACCGCUAUCAUGACUCCACACGCAAAAAGAAAAAUGUUAACAUAUGAGAGAGUGCCUGGGAGCAAGGGAGGACAAACCAGACUUACGUUUUAUUAAACAAUGUUUAAUAUGUGUUGGUUUUACUUGUUUUUGCGUUUCAUGAUGGAAUUUUAAGAGUUUUUUAAAUUUUGUACUUUAAAAUUUUAAAAAGUUCUGCUAAAUAAAGAAGACAUUGAGGUGAAAGCA